AAAGAAAAAAAAAUUAUCGAAAGGCCAUAGAUUUAUAUUUUAGACACAGAUUUGGGAUCAGCUCGUCAAACGAUGACCUCAUCAAGCCAAUCAGAGCGCGAGUCGCGCGCCAGCGUGUUGUGUCUAUGGUUCCCAUAGGAUGGUUCCAGUAUAUGGUUAAGAUACAUGUGUGUGACGGAAGUGAAUGACAUGAGUUGAUCCUCAUUUUCGAUCAACAAGGAUCAUGACCUCCACCGACCAAGACCGAGAGUCACUUCAGGGUCAGAAACACUACUUGUGUGGUUCUAUCUCAGCGUUCGCCAACAUUGUCAUCACGUUUCCCAUACACAAGGCUCUGUUCCGCCAGCAGUUGUUCGGAGUGCAGACGAGGGAAGCGGUGCGCCAGCUCCAGAGGGAUGGUUUUCACACGCUGUACCGUGGCAUCCUGCCACCUUUACUGCAGAAAAGCAGCACUAUAGCAAUUAUGUUUGGCCUCUAUGAGGACUUCUCCAGGUUGUUGCGGCUACACGCUCCUCAAGCCCCCGUCCUGUUAACGGACGGCAUCGCAGCAGUUUUGGCGGGAACAGCGGAAGCAGUCUUAACGCCUUUCGAGAGGGUCCAAACUCUCCUGCAGGACCCGCGUCAUCAUGGAAACUUUCAGAACACUGCGCAUAUUUUUCGUGUUUUGCUUCAACAACACGGCGUCCGAGAGCUUUACCGUGGCCUUGUUCCAAUCCUACUCAGAAAUGGCCCUAGCAAUGUUUUUUUCUUUGGCUUGCGUGGACCGAUGAAGGAACUGCUCCCCGAAGCCGAGACAAAGGCAGGGCACUUGGUUAAUGACUUUGUAUGUGGAGGGAUUCUGGGAGCGGGUCUCGGGGUGGUGUUUUACCCUCUAAAUGUAGUUAAGUCUCACGCACAAGUACAGAUUGGAGGGGAGUUUCAGUCCUGCAGGGUGAUACUGGCAAACGUUUUGAGAGAGAGGGACGGGAAGUUGAGCCGUCUGUUUCGUGGCGUGCAUCUGAACUUCCAGAGAUCUGUUUUCUCAUGGGGAAUCAUAAAUGCUACAUAUGAACUUUUACUGAAAAUGCUCUGAUUGAGAUGAGCCUGAAAAAAAGGGGGAAUUCAAGUGAAAAGCAUCAGUGAUUCAGAGGAAAGAGUAGAAUAAGUCUUCCUCAUUCUAUUUCUGCUGCUAAAAACUCGGCACAUGUUUACUUCAAGUGCUAUGUUAACUCAAAAGAUGAAAACUCUGUUUUCAUUUCUUCAUCUGAAAACACAAAUGGAAAUGUUUGAUUUGAACAUUUUAGCAAUAUAUUUUCUAUUUGGAAUGGUAUUUAAACAAUUAAUAUGGGACGCAUAAUGUUUGGAGUUGGCGAGAUUUUUUUAAUGCAAUAGUCAAAUUGUAUUGUAAUAGUCGAAUAUUAUUACAAUUUAUUUACAAAAAUGGAAUUCAUUCCUCUGAUAUCAUAGCUGAAUUUUUAUUUUCAGCUUGUCUUUAGUGUCACAUGAUUCUUUAGAAAUCAUUUUAAUAUGCUGAUUUCUGAUUAUUAUCAAUGUUGAAAAAAUGUUGUUCAGUUUUAAGUGGAAACAAGGAUUCUUAGAUGACUUUUAAAGUUCAAAAGAAUAGCAUGUUUUUGAAAUAGAAAACCGUUGUAACAUUACAUGAGUCUUUAUUGUCAUGUGUGAUCAGUUGAAAUGGAUCCUUGCUGAAUAAAAAUAUGAAUUUCUUAAAAAAAUCUUACGAAACCCAAAAAAUUUGAAUGGUAUAACAUGUAAUUUAAAAGAAAUUAGUAUAUUUUUUUUAUGAUUACAGUUAAUCAGACACCUAACAGAGGACCCAUGAAAAAGUUGUCUUAGUGAAUGGAAUGGUUCUGUCGAGGCCAAAAUCUUCUACAUAAAUAAAUAACUGGAUCACCUGAUUCAUUUUCAAAAAUUCACUUUUUAUGUCCCGUAGAAGAAAGUAAGCAACUUUCUGUUUUAGCUGAACUAUCCCUUUAAUUCAUCAUCUGGCUGAAUGAGUUUUAUGAAUUUGAUUAAAGAUUGAAUUGGCUCACUCAUGAGAAGAAGCGAGUGUUUAUAGACCUCUUUGACCUCAGCUCACUCAGUGUAUCCUCGGAUAUGUUCCCAGUAUUCUGUUUUCGAUACUGAUUUCUGUGGUCUUUUAACCACUGAGUCUUCAAAUCACUAAGUAUGUCAUUACAAGGGUGGGAAUGAUCAGGAGCACAGUUUACACUGCCACUGUUCUUUCCCACCAACUUUAUAUAGUUUUGCUGAGUUCGCUUUGGCGUCACCUUUGGGUUCCAGUCCAAGCAUUGAUUAGUCAUCUGGAAACCAACAAACGAGAGUCAGUUUGGUGUUUGUGGUCUCUAGCCUUCAUGUGGUAACAGAAUCAUCCCAUCUGAACCAGAAAUCUUCAUGCUUUUAGCGCCCACUGAAGCUAACAGAUUAUUUCAGUGACAUAAGCAAUGAUUUGGUCAUGUUUGGUUCAUGUUUCUCAUGCACUAAAAGCUUCUUUGUGUUUGAAUCACUCCCAAAUAUACUGAGAUUUUAAGAAGGUAAGACCACAGACCUCAGUUGACAAUGUGCCAAGGUGCACUUUGGAUGAUACUGGUUGUCUCUGUAAAUGUAAAGUUUGUGCUCCAUUUACUUCCAUUUACACUACCAUUCUGGAGUCUGAAAGAUUUUUUAAAAUACAAGACUGCAUUUAUUUGGU